AUGGCCGACGCUGAAGAGAAGGCCAAGGCCGAAAAGCUCGCCGCCGCCAGAAAGCGAGUGGAAGAAUUGAAAAAGAAGAAGACAAAGAAGGCCGCUGGCUCAUCCAAGAAGGAAAAGGCCGAGCCAACAGCGGCAGAACCCAGCGUCUCGAAGGACAAGGACCCCGAAGCCGAACCCACGACACCCGCCGAUCCUGCCACCGAAGACACAAAAGAGGACGAGAAGGAAGCUACGGAAGCUAUCGCGGAGCAACCAGCAUCGCCAACUGCAUCUCAACCUUCGCUAGCUCAGCAGUCCAAGCUCCGUUCUGCGUCCUUCCGACAAGGGUCCGUCUCCGCCGGCAAUGGUCCUCUUUCGCCCAGCGCCGAGGCUCCUGAAGGCGAGACCGCCACCGAUAUCUAUCGAAAGCAGCACGCUCGGAUAGAGGAGCUUGAGAGAGAGAAUAAGCGUCUAGCCAAGGACUCCACCGAUGCGGAGAGGAGGUGGAAGAAGGCCGAGGAGGAGCUGGCUGAUCUGCGUGAGACUGAGGGCGAGAGCAAGGGCGGUCCAGACAGCCAAGUCGAAAACCUGAAAUCCGAGAUCGAGGCCCUUCAGCGCCAGAACUCUCAGCUCCAGCAACAAGCUUCCCGUGCAGGUGGCCGCCACGGAUCCUCGCCAUCGGUAUCGAUGUCUUCUCCCCCAGCCGAGCUCGAGGCUCAGCUUGCCUCCAAAACCGCCACUAUCGAGUCGAUGGAGAUUGAAAUAUCAAAGCUCCGCGCACAAGUGGAUCGUCAGACUAGCGGCACGUCCUCCGAGAAGGAGCAGAUUGCGGCUCUGGAAGAGAAGCUCGCGCGAUCUGAAAAGGCCGCCACUAAGGCACAGCAAGAACUGACUGACUUGCGGAAGAACCUCGACCGUACGGCGGAAAAGGCUGUCCGUGAGGGUAGCGAACGCACGAGCGCAGAGACGAAGCUCCGCAGCUUGGAGCACGACCUCGCCGACUCGAUCGAUGCCAGGCUGGAGGCCGAGAAGAAGGCCGACGGCCUGGAAAAGAAGGUUACGACGCUGACCACACUUCACAAGGAGCAAGACACGCGCACCCAGACGUUGCGGAAGGAAAAGGAGCGCGCCGAGAAGGAGGUCAGCGAACUCAAGGCGCGGGUUGAGAGCCUCGAGAGCGAGAACACGAGGUUACGGAGCCGUAAGUCCACUGAGGGCGGUGGCGGCCUGGAUGACGACGGUGUCGAUGAGCUCGAGAACGAGGAGCGCCUGCGUCUCGAGAAGAAGGUACGCGACCUCGAAGCCGAGGUAUACGAGCUUCGCCACGGGCAUUGGCAGGAGAAGCGCCGGGAGCUCAAUAGCCCCAGCUUCGAGAACGUGGACCUUGGCGGGAGCCGCGGCACGUCGCCAUCAGCGCAGAGGAAGCAAGCAGCCGGCGGUGGCAUCGGAGACUUUUUCCAAAGUGGAAUCAAUGCGCUCACCGGGACGGGAGAUGACGAGCUGCUCCUCGACGACGACGAUAUGGACUUUGACGAGGACGCGUUCCGCCGCGCGCAAGAGGACGACGCGAAGAAGCGUAUCGAGCGCAUCAAAGAGAUCAAGCGCACGCUCAAGAACUGGGAGGGGUGGAGGUUGGACCUUGUCGAGAACCGGCGGGGCGGAUCCGAGGGCGUGGGUGAUGUGUUUGAGGUCUAG